AUGACACCAGAGAAUGAUAUGGUGCUGGUUGUGACCCUCCUCAGCAUUGUGACUAUGAUCACUGCCUUAUUGAACGUUUCAGUCAUACUUGCGAUCAUGAACACCAAAAAACUCCACCUGCCCGCCAACUACCUGAUCUGUUCUUUGGCUGUCACUGACUUCCUGGUGGCCAUCUUGGUGAUGCCCCUAAGCGUCCUCUACAUCGCCACAAAGAGGUGGAUGUUGGGAUGUAUAGUCUGUGAGGCGUGGCUGAGCGUGGACAUGAUCUGCUGCACCUGCUCCAUCCUGCAUCUAUGUGCCAUCGCCCUGGACCGCCACUGGGCCAUCACCAACGCCCUGGAGUACGCCUGCAAGAGAUCCCCGCGCCGCGCCGCCAUCAUGGUCACCAUCGUGUGGACCAUCUCCAUCCUCAUCUCAGUGCCGCCUCUGUUCUGGAGGCACAGCGGGGAUGACAACUUCGGCAACUACACCAAGUGUAUCAUCGAGCAUGACCACAUCGGCUACACCAUCUACUCCACCUUCGGGGCCUUCUACAUCCCCAUGGCCCUCAUCCUCAUCCUCUACUACAGGAUCUUCAUUGCUGCCCGGACCUUGUACCACAAACAGAGCUCCUCUGGGAGCCUGUGUAAGAAGAGAGCUAGCAGCCACAACUGCCUCAGUAGCUGCUGCAUUGCACCAACGUCUCUCUGUGCGUCUGAGCUGUCUACCUCAGAUCCCGUGCUAAACACAGAGCUGAAUAGAGUCAACGAUCCCACCGGCCCAAGCCAGGUAGCGGGGGACUGGGGGACUUGUGAUGAGAGGACCCAGAUCUGUGCCUCCAGAGAGAGGAAGGCUGCCCUCACACUAGGCCUCAUCCUGGGGGCUUUUAUCCUAUGCUGGCUGCCUUUCUUUGUUAAAGAGUUGCUGGUGGGCAUCCGGGUGUUUCAUGCCUCAGCACAGGUGUCGGACUUCCUCACGUGGCUGGGAUACGUUAACUCACUCAUCAACCCCCUGCUCUACACCAGCUUCAAUGAGGACUUCAAAAAGGCUUUUAAGAAACUGCUCCGAUGUAACAAGCGCAAAUAG